ACCGAGGGCGCUGGGGGGCCGUCCCCUCAGCUCCCUGUCCUGCUGGCCCCCUCCAGGGCAGCCAUGCAGCCCCUGCCGUGGGUCGCAGCCUGGGUGCUCCUGCUCCAUGGCUAUGCCACCAGCCAUGUGCCCCAGGCCAGGACUGACAUCCGGGACUGCUCCACGGACCCACCGUACCUGCCCCCCACGACCACCAACACGACGGGUCGGCUGGCUGCUCUGCGGGAUGCCAUGCGAGCCCUCGGCCUCCACGCCUACAUCGUGCCCUCCACGGAUGCCCACAUGAGCGAGUACAUCGCCGAGCGGGACUCCCGGCUGCGCUGGCUCAGCGGCUUCAGCGGCUCCGCAGGCACCGGCGUGGUGACACAGGACAGGGCUGCUCUCUGGACCGACAGCCGCUACUGGACGCAGGCGGAGCGGCAGCUGGACUGCAACUGGGAGCUGCAGAGGACGACCUGGAUCCAAUCUAUCGGGCUGUGGAUCCUGCAGGCAGUUCCUGCAGGGGGGAAUAUUGGCCUGGACCCCUUCCUGUUCUCCAUCGACACCUGGAACAGCUACAGUCAAGCUCUGCAGGGGUCUGGCAGGACCCUGCUCCCCACUCAGACCAACCUUGUGGAUCAAGUGUGGGGUGACCAGAGACCCCCCAAUGCCUCUGGAAAGAUCUACAGCCUUCCAGAAGCGUUCACUGGGAGCAGCUGGCAGGAGAAGGUGGCCGGGAUCCGGUGGCAGAUGGAGCAGCACACACGGCACCCCACGGCCGUGCUGCUGGCAGGGCUGGAGGAGACUGCCUGGCUCUUCAACCUCCGAGGGGACGACAUCCCCUACAACCCCGUCUUCUAUUCCUACACCCUGCUGACCAAUACUGAUAUAAGCCUCUUCCUGGACGACUGGCGCCUUUCUCCAGAGGCACGGCAGUCCCUGCAGGCACAGUGCCCGGGGCUGCUGUGUGUGGAGCUGCUGCCCUACGGGCAGGCACAAGCCCACCUCACCCACUACGUCCAGGGCAAUGUCACGGUCUGGGUGGGCACUGAGUACACCACGUACGGGCUCUACAGCACCAUCCCCCAGGAGAAGCUGCUGGAGGACAGCUACUCCCCCGUCAUGCUGGCCAAGGCUGUGAAGAACACCAAGGAGCAGGAGCUGCUGCGCGCUGCUCACGUUCGGGAUGCAGUGGCUGUUAUCCAAUACCUGGUGUGGCUGGAGAAGAUGGUCCCACAGGGACAAGUGGACGAGUUUUUGGGAGCCCAGCACAUCGAUGCCCUCCGCGAGGCCCAGGAGCACAGCUGCGGGCCCAGCUUCCAGUCCAUCUCGGCCAGCGGGCUCAACGCAGCACUGGCCCACUACAGCCCCUCCAACGGGAGUAGCCGGGUGCUGUCUGUGGAUGAGAUGUACCUUCUGGACACCGGAGGCCAGUAUCUGGACGGGACAACAGACAUCACACGGACAGUGCACUGGGGUGUCCCCACUCCACUCCAGAAGGAAGCCUACACCCGUGUGCUGAUGGGCAACAUCGACCUGUCCCGCCUCAUCUUCCCACCCAACACAGCAGGGAGAACAGUGGAGUCGUUUGCCCGCCGAGCACUCUGGGAUGUGGGACUCAACUACGGCCACGGGACUGGCCACGGCAUUGGCAACUUCCUCUCAGUCCAUGAGUGGCCUGUGGGCUUCCAGUCCAACAACGUGCCUCUGACAGCUGGCAUGUUCACCUCCAUCGAGCCUGGGUACUACCGGGACGGCGAGUUCGGGAUCCGCAUUGAGGAUGUCGCCCUCGUAGUGGAGGCAGAGACCAAGCACCAGAGUGGGGAGGAGCCCUUCCUGACCUUCGAGGUGGUGUCCCUGGUGCCCUACGACCGCAACCUCAUCGACCUCAACCUAAUGUCACUGGAACAGAUCCGGUACCUGAACACCUACUAUGAGACCAUCCGAGCGCGCGUGGGGCCGGAGCUGCAGCGGCAGCAGCUGCAGGAGGAGCACAGCUGGCUGCAGAGGAGCACCGAGCCCUUCCCGCUGCCCAGCGCCGCCGCUGCCACCGCCACCCCGGGCACGCUGGCCCUUGCUGCCCUCCUGGCCCUGCUGCCCACCGGGCUGCAGGCCUGACCCUGCCUCAGCCCCCCAACCCCCUGCGCCAGCCCCGGCUGGCUCUUCUCCCCCUCCCGCUGACUUCCCUUUUCUUGUACGUUUUCGAUCUGCUCGCCUGUGAUUAAACAACAGCACCGCC